UAUGGCGACACUUCUUUGGAUGCACUGCAUUUCGAUUAAACAUAAAGAUUAAGCAAAAGUUUAAUCUAACCAAACAUGGCUUUUAUUUACCGACCUACAAGCCUGCUUCCCAGGUUACGGAACUUCACACUCGCUAGACCAGCGUGUGCAGCAUUAAAGACUUCAGUUCGCCUUCAAGAAACCAAUACAACCACAGCAAGCAAAGAUCAAGUCAAAUCGUACAACGAAAUCCCAGGUUCGGGAACCCUCAAGUCUCUUUACAAUUUUCUCUUAAAAGAUGGAAUAUCUCGAAUUCAUCUAAACCAGGAAGAAUCAAGAGACAGAUACGGUCCCAUUUGUCGAGAGAUUCUGGGGCCUUUUAAGACAGUGUAUGUCUUUGAUCCCGAUGUGGUUCAGCAAGUGUUCCAAAAUGAAGGAGAGUAUCCAGCAAGAGAACCCUCUUCCCCAAUAUGGCAGAUGUACAAGAAAGACCGAGGUCAAAGCGAAGGAGUUUUAACUCUACAUGGAGAAAAAUGGUACAAAGCUCGCUCAGCCUUAAGUAAAAAAAUGCUCAAGCCCAAGGUGGUGAGCGAGUAUGCACCCGAGUUAACAGGUGUCAUGCAAGACUUUGUUGGAAGGGUGAUGGAACUGAGGGAGUCUUCACAAGACAAGACUGUACCAAACCUACAAAAUGAGCUUUUCAAGUGGUCCUUGGAAUCUAUUGGAACAGUUCUAUUUGAAAAAAGAUUUGGUUCUUUUGAGAAGCCUCCAUCAAAAGAAGCUCAACGUUUCAUCAAUGCUGCGCGGACAGUGUUCAGUACCUUAUUUGAGUUGUUCCUGUAUCCUGAAUGGAUGGCAAAGGUGUACAAAACUAAGCGUCUGAGGGCUUUCUAUGAUGCCAUGGAUGUCAUGUAUGACUUUGGAGAUGCUUUGGUACAAGAAAAAAUAAUAGAAAUAGCUGAAAAAGCUAAAGACAUCGAUAAGGAUAAAGGGGCAGAGUUCUUGACAUUUAUUGUUGCUAGUAAGAAACUGUCCUCCAAAGAAAUAACAGCCAAUCUUGUAGAGAUUUUAAUGGCAGCUGUCGACACUACUUCAAACACAAGUUUGUGGACAAUGUACAACCUAGCAAAAAACCCUGAAGUACAAGAACGACUGCACAAGGAGGUGACCUCCGUGCUGAAGCCAGGAGAAAUAGCUACACCAAGCACAAUCAAUAAAAUGCAUUACCUGAAAGCAUGUGUCAAGGAAACUUUAAGAUUGGUUCCCGUUGCAAUUGAAAAUGCACGUAUAUUUGACAGAGAUGUCCCGAUAAUGGGUUAUAACAUCCCAAAACAUGUAAUGGUUCGUAUUCCUAUUUACGCGAUGGGUCGAGAUGCUAACCUGUUUGAUGAUCCCCUGUCCUACAAACCAGAGAGGUGGCUGAGAGGUGACAAAUCCCAUCCACACUACCAUCCUUUUUCAUCUCUUCCCUUUGGAUAUGGUGUUCGCAUGUGCUUGGGUCGUAGAGUUGCUGAAAUGGAGAUGUACCUACUUUUAUCAAGGAUCAUGCAGCUAUUUCAACUUGAAUCCAUGAAUGACGUUGAACCAAUGACACGCGGACUGCUUGUUCCUGACAAAGACGUAUUCAUCAAGUUCAAUCAGCGCUAGGAUGUGGUUUUCCAGACGAACGUGAGGGAUUCAAGACUUCGAAAGGAAUGCAUUUCAUUACGUUAAUACAAAAUAUCAUAAAAAAUGUGUUGAUAUCAAACAUUACUCACUCAUCACUCACAGCACUUACGUAUGACACCAAUCAACCAAACAACGUAUUUAACUAUACUUGAUAGUUUUGUUUAUUAUUAUUAUUUUUUGUUUAUUAUUAUUAUUUUUUGUUUAUUAUUAUUGUUAAAUUGCAGCUAGUAAGAAAACCUACUCUCUCAAAACCGCUUCUCAUGCUGUACAAAAAAUAUGAUUUUAUUUUUAUUUUGAACCCGCUUAUGUUCUUAUAAAUCAUCCAAAUCUUCGUUAUGAAAAAAUAUAUUUCUGAAUGAAAAGCGCUGAAAAACCUACAUAAAAUAAUUCUAUAAAGAUAACCUACUUUAGUCUAACAUCGUUAGGAAUUGGCCAUUCCCAAUAUUUAACCUAAGCCACAAUUUUGCCGAUUCACGCUACACAUUUUCAUUCUAGGCUUACACAAGUUGUGAUUUCGUACGACUUUGAAACAAAAAAGAGGUCAAACAACGAACUGAA